AUGAAGACUCUGAUGCUCUUGAUUUGCCUGCUAGGAUCAGCUUUGGCUAUUCCAACAUAUCCCUUAAACCACCAACUUGGAGCCUUGGGACAGAAAGCUGCAGAAAAGACUAAGGCUAUUCAUUCUGAAGCCCAAGAGGAAGGGAAGACAAGGCCUUCAAACGAGGGUGACUUGCAGCCCAGCCACAGAAACAUAAAAGCAAAGGCACCAGUAGCAGAUGCUGAGCACAGGGAGAAGCCCUGGACAGCUAGAAGACACGGACAAAGUGGUCAUGAGCAUCAAAUGAAAACCAGUCUGAAGAGCAUUAACUUCCUUUCCCUGCAGGGUAAACUAGGCUUGACUUCUGAUAGCCAGGAGAGUGAUUCUGGCAGCAGUGGCAGAGAGCGGUCCAGUUCUGACCACUACCAGCUCAGGAGGCAUGAGAAACACAGCAACACAGCCAACCAAGCACUGGAUGCUGGAGAAAAUCCAGUGGAUGCUCUCAAUCUCGAUCAUGAGCAUAAUGCAUGGAAAUAUAAUAAAAAUACAAUUGGCCUAUCUGAAAACAACAGUGAAAGCGAUGAAGAGGAAAAUGUGGAAGAAGAGGACGAGGAAUGGGGGGAAGUGACUGAUUACAGGGAUAUGAAGCACAAAGCCCACCGGACAAGUCACGGAAACCAAUACAGGAGACAGCAGAAAGAAAACAGCAGGCAGUCUGAUGAAAUACUGAGAGAUUCCAGUCAGCCAAUCCAGAUAACCAAGAGACACGGUGAGAAAUUCAGCAUAGAGGAGGAAGAGGAAAGUCAAGAAAAGCCCUAUAAGGAAGAAAAAAUCCCCCUCUCAAAGAAAAGUCAUGAUGAGGAUGAAAAAUGGCAAAGCCAAGAAAACAAAGAUAGUUUUCAAGUAAACCAUCAGAGCGAUCAUGGCAUGGUGAUGAAAAGACAGGAUAAGGAGGGCGGUAACAUUGAUAAGGAUGAUAUUGAUAGUGGCGAUGAUGGUGAGGAAGAUCUCAGCAAUGCCUGGAAAGAAGCAGCCUAUGAGGAAGAGGAGAGAAUCCAGAGAAAUGACCAAGACAGCACCAGCAAUGAGCCUGAAGGAGAAGGAACCACUGGGGACGACAGUGAAGUUCAGAGAGAGAGAUGGGAUCACCAAGGUGUCAAAAUUAAAGACCUUACUCACUCUGAAGAUGCUAACUACCACUAUGAGGUGCCUAAUUCUGACAGCAAGCAACAACUGCAAACAAGUGGCUCUGUUCAGAGUGUGAAUUCAAUGGAACCUGUAGAUGAGGUUAAGACCACAGGCAGUUCAUACAGUGCGAGGAGAAGUGCAAGCAACAGCACUGGGGAGGUUUUUCUGGACCCAUGCAGGAACUUCCACUGCAAAAGAGGAAAAGUCUGCCAGGCAGACAGACAAGGGAAACCCGGCUGUAUUUGCCAAGAUCCUGCUGCUUGCCCUUCCACCAAAGAUUAUGAGCGUGUUUGUGGCACAGAUAAUAAGACUUAUGACGGUACAUGCCAACUCUUUGGUACCAAAUGUCAACUUGAAGGAACAAAAGUGGGACGCCGGCUGCACCUAGACUAUAUGGGCUCCUGCAAAUACAUACCUCACUGUACUGAUUACGAAGUAGAUCAGUUCCCCCUCCGUAUGAGAGACUGGCUCAAAAACAUCCUCAUGCAAUAUUAUGAACGUGAUCAGGAUACAACUGGAUUUCUAACUGAAAAGCAAAGGAAUAAGGUCAAAAAGAUCUACCAGAAUGAAAAGCGUCUCAUGGCUGGUAACCACUCAGCUGAGCUUCUCCUGCAUGACUUUGAGAAAAACUAUCACAUGUACGUGUAUCCUGUGCACUGGCAGUUUUAUCAGCUUGAUCAGCAUCCAGCUGACAGAUCAUUGACGCACUCAGAGCUUGCUCCCUUGAGAGCCUCCCUCGUUCCCAUGGAACACUGCAUCACCCGUUUCUUCCAGGAGUGUGACCAAGACCAAGACAAACUCAUUGCUUUGAAGGAGUGGUGCCACUGUUUUGGGAUUAAGGAAGAAGACAUAAAUGAAAAUCUCUUGUUCUAA